UGUUGUUGUUUUUUUUUUGAAAAUCUGUUCUCAUUGGUUUUAUGUUCUUCUACAGCAAUGAAAGCAGUUCUGACACAAGUCACUUUGUUACCACUGGUCCUCUUACAGUUAAUCUGGCUACCAUACACUAGUCCACAAUGUGUGAGUGACUGUACAGGCAAAGCGGGCCAUUACCAACACUGUCAGAGAUGUGACAAGUUUAUACAAUGUGACAACGGUUUGCUCUACUCCAUGCCCUGUUCACUAAACACGUACUUUGAUCCCAAGUUUAAUGUGUGUACUGGGGCACUACCUUCUCACUGCGAUUCAAAAGGAAAUUACAUUGGACCCGAUGCCAGAGCAGCAGACAACCAGAGAUUGAAUCAACCAAGUAACCAAGAAUCAAUACCAUACCAGUCACCUUACAUAAAUCAGCAAUCAACACAAAAGCCGAACCAAAUCAAGAAUCAAGAACAGACAUUGUCAGGACAAUUCAGCCAGUUUGUAUACACUAAUCAAGAUCCUUUACAAUCUUUGUUUGAACAGCAGACUGCCAAUAGCGUAUACCCUCCACAACAACAGCCUGCCAUUAGUGUAUACCCUUCACAACAACAGCCUGCCAUUAGUGUAUACCUUUCACAACAACAGCUUGCCAAUAGUGUAAACCCUUCACAACAACAGCCUGCCAAUAGUGUAUACCCUCCACAACAACAGCCUCCCGAUAGCGUAUACCCUUCACAACAACAGCCUGCCAAUAGUGAAUACCUUUCACAACAACAGCCUGCUAGUGGGGCACUUGAAGAUCUCUUCAACAGUAUGAACACUUUUUAUGAAAGCAAUCAACUUUAUACCAACAAUCUUGGAGAUCCUAAUGGCUAUCAGGCUUCAAAUUCUCCGCCGUCUUCAGAGAAUGAAUUAGAACGUCUGUUUAACAAUUGGAACAGCCAACCAUCUGGACAGGUUUAUUCCAACAUAGACAUUGACUCGCUUUUUCCAACAGAAAAUCCACCAGCCGCCUACCCAACAAUGUCGCCAACUAGAUCUCAAAACUUAGAUCAGAACAUAUUCUACUCAGCACCUAACAAUGCAGCCUUGUAUCAGUCUCCCAAUAAUCAACCAUCUCCAUCUUUAUACCCAUCUCCCAGUAAUCAACCAUCUCCAUCUGUAUACCCAUCUCCCAGUAAUCAACCAUCUCCAUCUGUAUACCCAUCUCCCAGUAAUCAACCAUCUCCACCUUUAUACCCUCCUCCAAAUAGUCAACCAUCUCCAUCUGUAUACCCUCCUCCCAGUAAUCAACCAUCUCCAUCUGUAUACCCUCCUCCCAGUAAUCAACCAUCUCCAUCUUUAUACCCAUCUCCCAGUAAUCAACCAUCUCCAUCUGUAUACUCUCCUCCCAGUAGUCAACCCUCUCCCUCUGUAUACCCUCCUCCCAGUAGUCAACCCUCUCCCUCCUACUCUAUAAACACUAAUCCUGGAGUCUUUAGUGAAUGCACAACUUCCUGUAAAGGCAGCAAGGGGGGUAAUCUGCUGGAUGGCCAAUAUGCUCAUUGUACUUUCUGUCACGCUUUUGUUCAGUGUGUCAGUGGUUCCCCGACUGUCACGCUGUGCCCUGAAGGAACAUUCUACAACAGAAACAUCUUUGUGUGUGACCGUGACAAUCAAUUCUGCGCAACCUCCAAACCAGUCCAACCUCCCGCUCCACAAUACUCACCUCUAGUCCCACAAACAAAGGUCAUGCCCUCCAGCCAGCCAUCAGAGGAAUACAAUGAUUUAGCGUGGUCAGCCAAUGUAGGUCCAAGCAAAUGUGUUAGAAGCUGUGUAAGUGCCUCUGGUCGCCCAAUUCGUUCUGGUAUUUAUGCACAUUGUGACUACUGCAACGUGUUUGUGAUGUGUUCUAAUGGCUACCUAACAGAACAGUCCUGUCCUACACACACUUACUUCAAUGCAGCUAUUAGUGUUUGUGAUCAUGAUCUAGGAAACUGUGCCGGCGUGAACACGAGUGUUAGUGCUUCCUACUCAUCCCACACUAAAUGUGUAUCAACUUGUCGGAGUGUGGGGCGAGUACAGCCCGAUGGACGCUAUCCAGCAUGUUCUUAUUGUAAUGUCUAUCUGCAGUGUAAGGCUGGGCAAACAAGCAUUCGGUAUUGUAAAGAUGGAUACAAGUAUGAAGAGACUCUAGGAAAGUGUGUCUAUGACACUCAGGGAACUUGCAAACCAACUCAGCCGAGUUCUGAUAGCAAUCUGAUUCCUAAGGACACUCCGAAACCAUUAGUUCCUGUCAAGGACGUCCGUGAAGUCUUCAACACUUGCCUGGAAAGCUGUAGGAAAGGAUCCACUGUAGCGGCACCUGGUUACUACGGCCUCUGUGGCUACUGUAAUGUGUUCCUAGAGUGCCAGGACAACGGCAAACAAAAUAUAAUCUAUUGUAAUGAUGGUCAGCAAUACAACCCGGCCAGUGGUCAGUGUGAAGCAGACAGACAUGGAGAAUGCCAACCAACUCGGCUAAAACCUGAUAGUGAUCUCAUUCCUAAGGAUACUGUUACACCAUUAGUUCCUCCUCCUGUCAAAGACGUUCCUAAAGUCUUCAACACUUGCCUGGAAAGCUGUAGGAAAGGAUCCACUGUAGCGGCACCUGGUUACUACGGCCUCUGUGGCUACUGUAAUGUGUUCCUUGAGUGCCAGGAAAAUGGCAAAGAAGAGAAAGUAUUCUGUAAUGAUGGUCAACAAUACAACCAGGCCAGUGGUCAGUGUGAAGCUGACAGACGUGGAGAAUGUGUACCCAACAAUCCAGAGUUCCCUGUCUUUAGCUUCUGUAUCAAUUCAUGUAAAGGGACUGCAGAUGGACGCUACGGUCAUUGUCAGUACUGCAAUGUGUAUUUAGAUUGUGUUGGUCAGAAUGAACGUUUGGACUAUUGUCAAGAUGGUGAACUAUUCAAUUUAGAAGUAGGGCAAUGUGUCAGGGAUGAAAAACAAACUUGUUUACCAGCGACACAGAUACCUGAAGAAGAAUGUAUUAAUAGUUGCUAUGGUGACCAUGGUUCUGAAGUUGAUGGUGUGUAUGCUAGUUGUAGAUAUUGCAAUGUUUUCCUAAGUUGCAAAGGUGGCUCUAUGGCUGUCAACUUUUGCUCAGAAAAUACUGUCUAUAAUAAGACAAGGCAACACUGUGUUGAGGACAAGUGGAAUGUUUGUUCCAAAUCAAGGCUUUCAACUUUGCCCACUAUCCCCCGUCUUAUAACUGACUGUAUGGACUCCUCUGGGCCUUUGUCUGAUGGUUUUUAUGGUCAUAUAGACAACUGCAACAUAAUUGUUGCCUGCUUCCAGGGCCUGAUGAUAUUUGAUUUCUGUAAGUCGGGAUCAGUUUACAACAGUUCUGCAGGAGAGUGUGAGCUGCGAUCAAACACUAACUGCCCACAGGGUAUCAAGAGUAGCGGAGUGAUACAGAGCACCAUCUAUGGAGAUAAUGCUGUUCCUGUGGCUAAAGGCGCUGCAGUUCAUGUUGCUUGCAUAGACAGCUGUGUAGUGCCCUAUUCCUAUGAACACAUAUUGAAUGUUCCUGAUGGUUACUAUAGUUACUGCCCUGACGAGCGAGCUUACAUUGUAUGUACUCAAGAUGCCUCUUCUAUUUACUCCUGCCCGCCCUCUUACAUUUAUCGCGCUGAAGAUGGAAGCUGCAUCAGGAAAUAUAAUCAACCAUCACCUAUGACGUAUUCUUCGGGAAUUUAUGUUGCUAAAACUGGAGAGAGAAUUUACAACGCCUGUGUCAAGUCCUGUUUCUCUGGAGACCGUGUGGUACCUGAGGGCCUUUAUGGUGUUUGUGGUCAAUGUGGCCACUAUGUCCACUGUCAAGGUCACACUCAGCAAACUGAUGCUUGUGUAGUAGGUACAUUCUUUAAUUCUGCUAAAGGUACCUGUGAGCCAGAUUUGGACUCAAGCUGUUUUUCUCCAAACUCCAAACAAAUGGCCAGGUAUCAGUCCAUUGAUUCUUAUCAGAAUCGAUCAUUACUAAGAGAUGAACUGGUCUCACAAAUCUAUGAAAUUCUUCAAGACAAGCCAACAUGGAGUCAGUCCCAGCAAAUGGACUAUCUGACCUCCAUACUGACAGACCUAUUGACCAGUGAUGAUGUCUACCCUGGUCCCAUCAUUGCUCAGCAAGAAGCUCCUGAACCUGUCAUCCACCAAUAUAAUGAAUAUAACCCCCAGUACCAGUAUGAGGGCAAGUAUUUGCAGGCCCCUGAGGGAUACACUCCUCCAUCUUCACAGAAUUAUCUACCACCACCAUCAAAUUUCCAAAAUCAAGCAUACAUGGCAGCUCCACAAUACUUGCCUUACAGUUUUAAACCGAUGUAUCCACCCCAGUAUCAAGUCAACAAUCCACCUGUAUAUCAAGGUUAAUAAGUUAAUCAAAGCACUGUGAUUAAAAUCUAAUGCUUGAAUUAUUGGAGUUACAGAAAGCUUAAGAUCAUUCAAUAAAUUGUGUUUUGUAUAACUGUA